UACGUCAGAAAAGUUUAUAACUCCAUCACUGAACAAACAUACAAAUAACAAACAAGUACAAAAUGCUCGCCGCCUAGCCGAAGCAGCAACAACAUUGCGCAUACGCCGCAUAGUGCAAACUAUUUACUGUGAUAUAAGUUGAAUUUUUGUUGAUUUUCGUUUGGUUCCUCAAGAAACCAAAGCAAUCUAAAACCAAACCCUCUAUUAUUUGUUGUGCUGCAAGAAACCGAAAUACAAUCAAAAUGUCUGUGCCAAUGUUGCUGACACCCAUGGAACCCCAAAGUCCGGAUGAUCACAUGCAGAAUUGUGCCGCCUACGUGGAUGGAUCCGCCUUAUCCUAUGGCACAGGCAAUGAGCUGGAGCCGGCUGCAUCCUCCUCGUCCGAAUGCAAGCCCACCCUGCGGGAGUUCAACGUGCGAUUGGAAACGCCGCUGGCACCGGAGGAGCGACUCGGACUCACCGGCGAUGUGAAGGCCUUGGGCGAAUGGCAGCUGUCCCGAUGCGUGCCCCUGGAGUCUUUGGACGAUCUCAACUGGCAGGCCACGGUGCCCUUGCAGGCAUGCCGCCGCAUGGACUACCGCUACUUUGUCUACGUGGAGGAUCUGUCCGGCUACAAGCAGAUCCGUCGCUGGGAGACCCAUUUCAAGCCCCGCUCCUUGGGACCCUGCUCCGAGCUGCAGUGCAGCCAACUGGACGUUUUUGGCAUCACAGCGGAAAACGCAGAUCUGAAGCCGCAAGUGCAUCGCGGAUGGCUGAACCACGAAGUCAUCCUCCAGCUCAAGUUCAAUGGCGAGAAAAUGUUCCAGGUGCAUGACAUCGAGACCUUUGACCCGCAGCAUGUCCAGCUGAAGAUUGUGCCGGUGGAGCAGACCGCCGGCCUCCUGGUGGAGUACACCAAGCAGGAGUACGGCAAGAGUCAGCUGGAGAAGCAGCCUGUGUUCGGGGUGCCCUACACCAAGAACGACAUCGUAAUCUUUCACAUUACCUUGCCGCUGGAGAGGAUUAUGCAGCAGCACUUCCGCUUGGACUGCUACAGCAUGACCAAUGAGCUCCUGGGCAGCGCCAACCUGGUCAGCUCCGAGUUCCAAGGCAGCGAGGGACUGCUCCACCUGCCCAUCAAGUCAGCCCGGGAUGCCGAUGAGACCCUGGCCCGCCUGCGACUUCCCUAUAUGGUGGUUCAGCCUUAUCGCUAUUCCCCUCUGGACUUCAAGACAACCUACGCCCACUACUGGCCCCGUAGCUGGCCCAACCUGGAUGUGGGUCACCGCGGCAACGGCAAGAGCUACAUUGCCGAUGCCCCAGCCGAGAGGGAGAACACCAUCGCCUCCUUCCUAAGUGCCCAUGAGCACCACGCCGACAUGAUCGAGUUGGACGUCCACAUGACCGCCGACGGAGUGCCGGUUAUUUACCACGAUUUUGGUCUGCGAACUGCUCCUCCGGGAAAGCAAAUCAGCCGACCGGAGCAGCUGGAGUACGUGCUGAUCAAGGACAUCAACUACAGCUUGCUGAAGCGUCUGCGCAUCUUCUCCGUGAUUGCCGGCAAGGUAGUGGAGUAUCCCUCACACAACGUAGAGACCCGUCCGGAGCAUAAGAUCUUCCCCACCCUAGUGGAGGUGCUCGAACAACUGCCCAAGUCCCUGGGCAUCGACGUGGAGAUCAAGUGGCCCCAGAGGCGUCAAGGCGGUGGCUCAGAGGCUGAGCAGACCAUCGAUAAGAACUUCUUCGUCGACAAGGUGCUGCACCAGGUGAUCCAGUAUGGUUGCGGACGCCCUCUGAUCUUCUCCAGCUUCGAUGCCGAUAUGUGCACGAUGCUGAGGUUUAAGCAGAACAUCUUCCCCGUGAUGUUCCUCACCCAGGGUGAGACCAAGAAGUGGCAGCCUUUCCUGGACCUGCGGACACGUACCUUCCUGGCGGCCGUCAACAAUGCCCAGGCCUUUGAGUUGGCCGGAACAGCGCCGCAUGCCGAGGACUUCCUGGGCGAGAACGCCCCCGCAAUGCUACAGAAGGCCAAGGAUCUGGGACAGAUUGCGGUGAUCUGGGGCGACGACUGCAACACCAAGGAGCGGGUGCAGUACUUCACCCGAAUCGGAGCCACAGCCACCUGCUACGACCGCAGUGAUCUCAACAUGCCGGAGGGCAAGAAGGAGGCCUUUUUCAAAUCCCCCUCCCUGAUGGCCGAGUUUGCGGCCCAAUGCCGGACCUAAAAACUACACAGAGGAAAGAAACGAGGGAAAACACGGGCGGGUAUAUGUAAGCCAUGGUUUAAUCAUUAAGAUUUUUGUAAAGUUAGUUCGUAUAUUUAUUUAAACACAAGCCGGGAAAAGAAAAAAAUGUGAGAGCAGCAAAUAAUUUGUGGUUUCAACGGAAACCCAGCCAUAAAUAAAUCAUCUGUAAACACGUUAAGCCAUCAUUUGGCGAAAUUACAAAUGCAAAAAAAAAAAAAACAGAAAAAAUUAAAAUUAAAAAGAAAAAGCAAAACGUCUAAAGGAAUUCCCCCCGAAAUACAAAAUUAAGUAGCACCACAAAAGACAAUGAGAAGAAAGCGAAGCAAAUAGCUGCGAAUUACAAAAACACAUACACCUACAUUACCUGCUAAUAAUAUUUCUAUACCUCGAUGAAAAAGAAAUUUCUAACAAGCUAUUGUUGAUACAAUCUUAAUUAACCUGAAAUUAAUUAUUAAGGGGGAAGUAUUGGCAACCAUGUUGGAUGAGAGAUAGAGCAAUGUUUUUUAUGCUUGCGGCUAAAAUAAUUUUUAAAAAUAUUGCAUGUUGUUAUAAUUUUUAAGAACAGCAAACCACCUUCUAAAAACAAAUAUUUAAAGCUUUUAUAAACUGCAACUCCAAGAGAAAACCAAAUAACAAUCACAAAUACAAUAUUUUUUUAAACAAUAUUCAAUAUUUAAUGUCAAGCACCACAACAGAAAACAAAAGUGAUUGAAAAAACCUAUAACAAUAAAAUCAUAAGAAAUAUUUUCAUAAUAUUUUCAACAACUCAA